AUGGACCACAGUAUGAUCAGAACAAUUAUGCACACUGCUAUGGCUCUCUUAUCUUUUUUCAUCUCAAAGUUCAGUGUGUUACCUUCACUAUUAUUCAGGAUCAUGAUCUGGACUAAGCGUCUGAAAAUGGGGGUGAAGGUGAAGUACCUCAAUAAUGAGGGAUACCAAUUUAGCUACUUCACCCGAGGGGAACCCGGAUCCCGACCAUCUGUGCUGAUGCUUCAUGGAUUCUCACUCAACAAAGACAUGUGGUUAAAUACCAUCCAAGUCUUUCCUAAGGGCCUCCACUUGAUCUGCCUUGAUCUGCCAGGCCACGGGGGAACCACUCGCUUGCUCGGAGAAAGUUACACAGCAGUUGCUCAAGCUAAAAGGGUACACCAGUUUGUCCAGUGUGCUGGUCUGAACCACAAGCCUUUCCACCUGGUUGGCAUGUCCAUGGGAGGCAUGGUUGCUGGGGUUUAUGCCGCUCUCUAUCCAGCCCAUGUCUCCUCGUUAGCCCUCCUCUGCCCAGCUGGUGUGAGGUAUUUAACUGAUAGUGAAUUUUUUGCCCAAUUACGUGAGCUGAUUUUCUCUAAGGGCUCUGUGGAGAAUGCUAUUAUCCCAGUUACAGAAGAGCAGAUGGAAAACUUCAUAAAGCUGUGCUUAUACCAUCCCAUUUUUUUAAAGAUUCAGCUCCUAAAGGGUUAUCUUGAAGAUCGGAGAUCACAUAAGUCGGUUUUUGUAAAAUGUUUUCUGGACCUCACCAGCACUGAAUCAAGGUACAGCCUCCAUGAGAAGAUGUGGAAAAUCAAAGCUCCCACCCAGAUUAUUUGGGGAAAAGAGGACAAGGUCUUUGAUUCUUCGGGUGCAGAAAUUUUGGCGGAUGCCAUUCCUAAUUCCCAAGUGCAUUGGCUGGAGAAAUGUGGACAUUUCAUAACUCUGGAGAGGCCCAGGACCUCUGCAAGGCUCCUCUUAGAAUUCUACAAAUCAAUCUAUGACUCAACCAAGCAGAAGAAGGUGGCCUGA